UUAUCCUCAUCCUCUAAACCAAUCUACCACUUCUGAACCAUGUGCCACUACAGCAGCUACUAUGGAGGCCGAGGCCAUGGCCACGGAGGUAUCAAUGGACUGGGCUAUGGCCAUGGCGGCUUUAGUGGCCUGCGAUAUGGCCAUGGAGGUGUCAAUGGCUAUGGCUUCCACCAUAGAGGCUUCAAUGGCUUGGGCUAUGGCUAUGGGUGUGGAGGUGGCAGCUCCCACAGACUGGGCAACCAUUAUGGCUUUGGAGGCUAUGGAUAUGGUUCUGGCUAUGGAAACCACAGAUACGGUUACUUCCAUCCCUCAUCUUUUGGGAGAUAUGGCUUCUCCAGCUUCUACUGAAGAGUGAAAUUAUUCCUUGGACCAUUGGAUCCUCACAUGUCAACUGCUCUGCUGAAUUCUCAAUAAGCCGUGUACAUCAACAGAGGCUGCCUGAUGAAGUUUCUUCAAGAUCAAGACUCAUUUCUGAAAAAGAAAUUCCAGAAUCAAGAGACAACCCACAAGGGGAACCCUUCCCAUUCCAUCCGGAAUCUUACUUUUCAAGUUACUAAUCUCUUUCUUUCCUUCCAUUAUAACAAUGUAGU